AUGUUAGCGGUGGGUCAGAUGGACGGGUCCCGACAGAGCGCCUUCCUCCUCAGCACCCCCCCUCUGGCAGCUCUGCACAGCAUGACCGAGAUGAAGACCCCGCUGUACCCGGCGUACCCGCUCUCCUCCACCGGCCCCAACUCCUCUACCUCACCGGCCACCACCUCUCCCAACCCGGGCGGCAUGGCCGUGUCCUCCCCGGGGAUCAAGAGCUCCACGGGGCUGUCCUCGGGGCUGGGCUCCCCGCAGCAGUGCUCCUCCGCCACCCCGCACGGGAUUAACGACAUCCUCAGCCGGCCCUCCGCCUCCUCCGCCGGCGCCACGGUGGCAGUGGCCGCCGCCGCCGCUGCCGCGUCCUCCUCCGCGGGGAUCCUGUCAGGGCUGCCCCGGUUCAGCAGCCUCAGCCCCCCGCCGCCUCCCGGACUUUACUUCAGCCCCAGCGCCGCGGCGGUGGCGGUGGCCCGGUACCCGAAGCCCCUGGCGGACCUGCCGGGGAGGACGCCGAUCUUCUGGCCGGGAGUGAUGCAGAGCCCGCACUGGAGGGACGCACGGUUCGCCUGCUCCCCCCACCAGAACUCCGUGUUACUGGACAAAGACGGGAAGAGGAAACACACCCGGCCCACGUUCUCCGGGCAGCAGAUCUUCGCCCUGGAAAAGACUUUCGAACAGACCAAGUACCUGGCGGGGCCGGAGAGAGCGCGGCUGGCCUACUCCCUGGGCAUGACGGAGAGCCAGGUGAAGGUGUGGUUCCAGAACAGACGGACUAAGUGGAGGAAAAAGCACGCGGCGGAGAUGGCCUCGGCCAAGAAGAAGCAGGACUCGGAGACGGAGCGGCUGAAGGGGACGUCGGACAACGAGGACGAGGACGACGACUACAACAAACCUCUGGACCCGAACUCUGACGACGAGAAGAUCACACAGCUGCUGAAGAAGCACAAACCGGGCUCCGCGCUGCUGCUGCACACGUCCGAGAACGACAGCUCGUAA